AUAGACGUAAAGUAUAUUUGCCCAGCGUUUUGGGUUCUUACCGUCGCCAACUUUAUGAGAUUUCCACAUUGUGUGUCGCAUAUUUAGAUGUAACCUUUAAAAGACACUACGUUUUCUUUUAAUUAUAUUAGAAUAUGAUUCUGCAAAUUAUUAAGAAUUUUAUUAUUCAUCUUUAGUUAAAAAUGUUUAUUUACUAAUCGUUUUUGAGAAACUUUUAGCUUAGUUGAGUACUUCUACAUUGUAUGUUAUGUCCAUCAUUAAUACAAAAAUACGACCUUCUAAAAAAAUUGUAAUAGAAAAUUAAGAAACAUGAAUGGCGAAGAGGACAAAGAAGGUAGGAAUCACCGGGAAGUAUGGUACCCGAUAUGGUGCUUCCCUUCGUAAGAUGGUGAAGAAAAUUGAAAUAACCCAGCAUUCCAAGUACACCUGCACUUUCUGUGGCAAGGAUGCUAUGAAGCGCUCCUGUGUAGGCAUUUGGUCGUGUAAGCGAUGCAAGCGUACUGUGGCUGGAGGUGCAUGGGUGUACAGCACAACUGCUGCUGCUUCUGUACGAUCUGCUGUUAGGAGAUUGCGUGAAGUUAAGGAGCAGUAAAAUGAUUGUAUCAUAAUUCUAAUAAACUAUUGUCAUA